AAUGUUAUAACUGGUAACAUAUUGUUCCAAACACGACAGAAGGAGGAGAGCGAACUUUUUAAAGCAACCAGUAAUAUUGAAUUUCGAGGAAUACAAUUUUUCGAUUUUCUUAGAAAGGGAGACGGGAGGAGUAUCAUUCCUCACAACUUCAGUGUCUCAGAAAAAGGUAUAAAAGUAUGAGUGAAAAACAGGGAGAAACUACAAGAGACAUGAGAGAAGGGGAGGAUAUAGAUACAAAAGAUGGGAGAAAUCAAAUGAACUCCAAACAUACCAAAGGAGGUUAUGACCAAGCUGAUACUCAAGGUCACCGCCAAGAUCCAUCUUCUAACAGGUCUAAAGAGAUACAGAAACAAAAUUCGGAAAAAACUCAAAAAGAUGUAAAAAGUACAGACAUGAAAGAUAUAAGAGAGGAAGAAUUUAAUUCACCGAGGUAUAUCACAUGUGGAAAUAUUGGGAAAGCAGUUAUUGUCAGUAACUUUAUGGAGGGAUGGGAGGCAGGAAAUAGAGAUCACUUGGUGGCAAGGUCAUAUGCCAAGAAUGAUUGUGAAAUGCUAGAAAAAUCACUUAAAAGUCUAGGAUUUAAACCUUUAGAUGAAAAUGAAGGCAGUAUGGUGUACAAAAACCUGACAAAAAGUCAGUUUAAAGACUUAUACAAAAAAGCUGCAAUGGAAACCAACUACAGACCUAAGGAGGGUGAAGGUUAUACCUGUGUUCUGUUUUUUGUCAUGUCAUAUGGGAAAGCAGGACUGAUACAGUGUCAUAAAGAAGAUGGAGAAACAAAGCAUCCAUAUGUAGAGCAAAAAGACCUGCAAGAAGCCUUCCAACCACAACAUAAUCCUUCACUGGCCUUGAAACCAAAAUUCUUCAUUAUUCAGACUAUUCCUGAACCAGAUAAUAAAACUGAUGAUGUAAGUUCAGGAGAUGAAGAAGUAAAAACCACAAGAAGAAUUCCAAGAGAGGCAGAUUUUUUGACUUAUGCAAGUGAUGACUACUGUAUUAAAGGGGGAGACAAUUAUUUUAUCAAAGCUGUUGUGGAAGUUUUAGACAGUCUAGUCACAGAUAAAGAGAACAAUGAGACUGCCAUGGAGAUUCAAAGAGUUUUGAUAAGAAUGAACAAAACAUUUAAAGAAAUGAGACAUAGUAAUACUAUUAGAAUACCUUGUGUUACUUCUUCACUAACAAAGCAGCUGAUCUUAUUUUAAUUUCAGCAUUUAGUGAAUUAGUGAAUUGUUAACACUAGUCAUACAAUUUGUAAACACAAGUUUUAGAACACUUUUUUGGGGAACAUACAUAUAUCAUUUUUUGGGCCCUUUAUAGCUCUCUGUGCGGUGCGAGUCAAGGCUCUGUGGUAAAGAAUGUUAUUAUUUACUUUUAUAAAUUGUGACAUGGAUGGAGAGUUGUCUCAUCAGCACUCAUACCACAUCUUCAUAUAUCUAUAUAUGAAAAUAUAAUUAUUGUACUUGAUUUGUUUUUCUCCUGUAUUUUUAAUACAGCACAUGAUUUUAUACAAUGUAUGAUUCUAUAGAACGUACUAUUUUAUACAACAUAUAAUUUUAUACAUUGCAUGAUUUAUAUCAUUUUUCAGUCUUGUCAUGUUGUCAUCAGUUGUUUUUUAACAUGAUUUUUUUUAAUUGCUUUUUAUUUAUUAAAACAGUACCUGAAUGUUUUAUCAUUGUGUAUAAGAUGCUAUACAAGAUGCAGUCACAUGUAAUGAUUAAAUGGAUUGCUUGUUUUAUGUUUUUUUUUAUACACUUUUAACUGAUUUUGAUAAUAUUUUAAAUUAUAGUAUUUCAUGAGUUAAAAACAAACCCCUCCAAAAAUUCCAAUUGUAAAGGUAUUAUUGAUUAAAGAAUUGUCUAUUUUAGAUAGAUAAUUGAUAUUAAUGUAAUAGUUCUUUGCUAUAGUUCUUACACUUGUUAUAGUUAAUAAAUUAACUGAGUCAGAUACAAGUUGACCAUGUACAUAACUUUGACUAGUUUUGGAAAGUUCAAAUACAAAAUACAAGAUUAAUUAUUGGUUUUUUUGUACGGUUCUUAUACCAACUAAAUUUUCAACAUUUUUUUUAUCAAACAGUUACAAACUUUCCAAACAGAUUUGAUUAAACUUGAAUAAGUUUAA